AUGUCGACUACAAAGACAGUAACGCAGUCAGGCGAUGAAGUCGGCAGGCUCACGCUGGCAUAUGACGAUGCCAUCCAUCAGCAGUAUCAAUACCAUCAAUAUCUCCCCGUCUACGACGAAGAGACUCGCUUUGAACCGAUCCAGCCAUUCGAGUUUAAGGAUCGCGGACUGGGAGCAGACAAAGCCAAGUCUGCUCUUCUUUCCAGCAGCAACUCAGAGCUCAAAAUUUCUAAACUCACUCCAGUUAUCGGUACUGAAAUUCGGGGCCUUCAGCUUUCUCAACUGAACGACACUCAGAAGAACGAACUUGCCCUGCUCAUUGCUGAGAGGGGCGUGGUCAUUUUCCGCGGUCAAGACUUCAAAGAUAUAGGCCCAGACAAGCAGAAGGAUUUUGCCAAAUAUUUCGGGCCAUUGCAUGUUCACCCCGUUGGAGCUCACGUCAAGGACCACCUCGAGUUCCACAAUAUAUAUCUAGGCCCCGACAACGAAUACCGAGCACGGCAGCGAAGAGAAAGAUUAACCACUACAGGUUACCACUCGGAUGUUUCCUAUGAGCACCAACCGCCGGGUAUUACCAUUCUCACCCUGCUGUCUGUCCCACCAACCGGAGGUGAUACCGCCUGGGCGUCUCAGACUGCAGCAUACGCCCGCUUGUCUCAACCAAUCAAGACGCUGCUAGAAGGCCUUCGGGCUGAACAUAGUGGCUUCAACCAAGCCGACAAUGCGCGCCGGGACGGGAAGCACGUCAGACGAGAGCCAGUGAAGAGCGACCAUCCCAUCGUGAGGGUCCAUCCGGUCACCGGAGAAAAAGCCUUGUUUGUCAAUAAGGGAUUCACGAAACGCAUAAUUGGCCUUCAACACGAAGAGUCAGACGCCCUCUUGCAGCUGCUGUUUAAUCACAUCGCGCUGGGGCAAGACUUCCAAGUUCGGGUCAAGUGGGAGGAGGGCACGGUGGCACUAUGGGAUAACCGCGUAACGGCGCACACAGCCAUCUCAGACUUUGACCACCAUAAUCCCCAGGAGGGCCUCCGCCAUGGGGUCCGACUGACAAGUCAGGCGGACAAGCCGUCGGGCGUCAGUGGCCUGGAGUCAGUUUGGUAG